AUGUUUUGGAGUAGGGAGUACAGGGAGGAUGGCUCUUUCAACUUCUGGACCUUAGGGCAACCAAAAGCAGAGAUCCGUGGGUUGGCCACGGAACUUCAGGAAGCUGCAUCAGACAGCGAUGGCUUGGCAGCAGUCGUCCUAGGCUGCGGGCUUGGCCUGGAUGUCUCCAACUCAGAGGUGGCAUACUUGGCCAAGGAGGCAUGCAAACCUGCCGGCUCCGAGUUGACGGCCGUGGCGGGCGUGGAUUUUGCUUUGCCUGCUAUCCAGGACACUGUAACCCAAGACUGCUGUAAGCAUCUAAGCGGGCUAUCCGCUGCCUCUCCUGCAUUCUUCCUGGUGGGCCCAGUGCCAUCGCAAGAGUGCCAGGAGGCGAGGAGGUGUCACCACGCAGCUGCUCGACACGAAGCAGGACUUCUGAUUCUGGCCGGCCAAGUUUGUCUGGGAGAGCAACUGAGGCCGGAUGCUUCUUCCAUCAUGCCGACGUUUGCGAGCUUCCAGCCCCCUCAGUGCCGCUGGACUCUUGUCACAUCAGUCCAGCAUCGCUGGGGUGGACGAAGCAUCUGCUCAGAAGCUCUGGCAGAGGAUCUGGUGAUCGACAACACCGUCUUCCAAAAUGCGUUCAGGAGCGCAAUUGAGCCGGACAGUAAUAUUGAUGACAGCUCAUUGUACCCGAUGCUGCGUUUGGUGCAUCCACUUUGCGGGAGGAGUGGGCGGUUCGAAGCGUACCUGGAGGCGCUGAGUCGGAUUUCGACGCCAGGCCUGCUUGGCUUGAUGUUUGCCUGGGUACAAGAAUCCGCGGAGCGUCCAGCCCAGGUCACACGCUUUGGCCUCAGCUACACCAUAGAGAUUUCAAUAGAUCACUGGGAGAUACUGCACUUGAACCUGAUGAGUCGUGAGGGCAUGGAGAGCCGAGCGCAGCUUCUCGGUGCUUCAGUGUACUUGAAUCUUCCAUUGCUUUGCCGGCACGAGAUCUGCAAUGCGCUGAAGCCCGAGAUUUGGGAGAUUUGGGAGGUUCGGGAGGGUCACUACGAUCUGAAGCCGGAAGGGGCUGGCUUUGAGUGUGAAGCCUUUUAUACCUUCGGUGGACCGUCGACCCCCGGGAUCCCCAGCUGGUGCGUACUUGCUGCAAGAGUCUGUGCCAGGGCUUCCCCUGAUGCUCAGAACAUGAAGGGACAGACCCCGCUCCAUUUGGCAUGUGGCAAUGCAGCGAUCAAUCUGACAAGGCUGUUGAUUUCAGCGCGGGCUGACCCAAGGCUUGGUGAUCUCUCCGACAACCAGGCGCCAGGAAUGGUCGCAACCUUGCAGCGAGCAAGUUGGUGGUGGGACGCUUAA